CCCAGCGCUGGAGCCAAAGACUUCCCCCUCCUUGGGGCCGGAGUAGCCCCGGAUCGCGGGUCGCGCUGCGCCAGCCAGCUAGUUCGCCAGCACCUGCGUCCCAGCUGUGUCCGCGACCAUGGCCACCGACUCGUGGGCCCUGGCGGUGGACGAACAGGAAGCGGCAGCCGCGUCGUUGAGCAACUUGCAUCUUAAGGAGGAGAAAAUCAAACCAGAUGCCAAUGGUGCUGUUGUCAAGACCAAUGCUAAUGCAGAGAAGGCAGAUGAAGAAGAGAAAGAGGACAGAGCUGCCCAGUCCUUACUCAACAAGUUGAUCAGAAGCAACCUUGUUGAUAACACAAACCAAGUGGAAGUCUUGCAGCGGGAUCCAAACUCCCCACUUUACUCGGUGAAGUCCUUUGAGGAGCUUCGGCUGAAACCACAGCUUCUCCAGGGAGUCUAUGCCAUGGGCUUCAACCGUCCAUCCAAGAUACAAGAGAACGCAUUGCCUUUAAUGCUUGCUGAGCCCCCACAGAAUUUAAUUGCCCAGUCUCAGUCUGGUACUGGUAAAACAGCUGCCUUUGUGUUGGCCAUGCUCAGCCAAGUAGAACCUGCAAACAGAUACCCCCAGUGUCUGUGCCUCUCCCCAACUUAUGAGCUCGCCCUUCAAACAGGAAAAGUGAUUGAGCAGAUGGGCAAAUUUUACCCUGAACUGAAGCUAGCUUAUGCUGUUCGUGGCAAUAAAUUGGAAAGAGGGCAGAAGAUCAGUGAGCACAUUGUCAUUGGCACCCCUGGGACCGUUCUGGACUGGUGCUCCAAGCUCAAGUUCAUUGACCCCAAGAAGAUCAAGGUGUUUGUCCUGGAUGAGGCUGACGUGAUGAUAGCUACUCAGGGCCACCAAGAUCAGAGCAUCCGCAUCCAGAGGAUGCUGCCCAGGAACUGCCAGAUGCUGCUUUUCUCUGCCACCUUCGAAGACUCCGUCUGGAAAUUUGCGCAGAAAGUGGUCCCAGACCCAAACAUCAUCAAACUGAAGCGUGAGGAGGAGACGUUGGACACCAUCAAGCAGUAUUACGUCCUGUGCAAUAGCAGAGACGAGAAGUUCCAGGCCUUGUGUAAUAUCUACGGGGCCAUCACCAUUGCUCAAGCCAUGAUCUUCUGCCAUACCCGCAAAACAGCUAGUUGGCUGGCAGCAGAGCUCUCAAAAGAAGGCCACCAGGUGGCUCUGCUGAGUGGUGAAAUGGUGGUGGAGCAGAGGGCUGCCGUGAUUGAGCGCUUCCGAGAGGGCAAAGAGAAGGUUCUGGUCACCACCAACGUGUGUGCCCGCGGUAUUGACGUGGAACAGGUGUCUGUCGUCAUCAACUUUGACCUUCCCGUGGACAAGGAUGGGAACCCGGACAACGAGACCUACCUGCACCGGAUCGGGCGCACCGGGCGCUUUGGCAAGAGGGGCCUGGCCGUGAACAUGGUGGACAGCAAGCACAGCAUGAACAUCCUGAACAGGAUCCAGGAGCAUUUCAAUAAGAAAAUAGAAAGACUGGACACAGAUGACUUGGACGAGAUUGAGAAAAUAGCCAACUGAGACGCUGCCCCAGUCACUGGUGCCGCCCUUGACGCUGCCCCUGCGCAGGACACUAGUGUUUUCAUGGAACAGGCCUCAUCAGUCACCACAGAGAUGAAGGCACGAGUGGAGAGAAACUACCUACCUCAUUUUAAAUUACGUUUGGACUUGACAAAAAUUGUACAAAGAUGGGGGAAGGUAGAGAAAAAAUGUUUACAAAACUUUUGAAGAUUAGGCGUGAAUACACAGAAAUUUACCUUUUGGAAA